CGUCAGGUACUGAACAGAACGGUACCCAACUUUGAUACAAAUUCAACCGUUCCGAUUGACGAAGCCAUCAAACAUAUCCCAGUGCUUUAGUGAUAAACAUUGUUCUAAGUGCUUUUUUACCAUGGCCAGUCGAGUUUACGUAGGAAAAUUGCCGGUUGACACUCGGGAACGUGACCUAGAGCGAUUCUUCGAAGGUUUCGGCAGAAUCAACGAGAUCCUUUUGCGGCGUGGAUACGCAUUUGUGCAGUUCAGUGAAACCCGGGACGCGGUAGAUGCCAUCGACGAGCUGAACGACACGAAACUGCUCGGACAACGGGUUGUUGUGGAAGCUACCAGACGGCCGCCACGAAGGGGACGUUCCCGUCAGCGGUCGCCCCGACCAACAAGAACGAACCAUCGACUGGUGGUGGAGAAUUUGUCAUCUCGCGUUAACUGGCGCGACUUGAAGGACCGUAUGCGAGAGGCAGGUAGGGUUACCUUCGCCGAUGCCCAUCGUGAUCGAAUGAACGAGGGAAUCGUUGAGUUUGCCACCCGGCACGAUAUGAAGCAAGCGAUUAAAAUGUUCGACGAUACGGAACUCAACGGUAGGUACAUCCGAUUGAUUGAGGAGCGCGGUAGGUCCCGCAGCAGAAGCCGCAGUCGGAGUGCAUCGAGUUCCAGGUCCAGAUCGCGGUCCCGCAGCCGUUCUCGUGGGUAUCAGUCAAAAUCUCGCUCGGAAAAGAGUCAUCGCCGUUCGCGAUCGGAUUCGUAUAGUCGCAGUCGUUCACGAUCCAGAUCGUACUCGAAACAUUCGAGCCGCAGCAACCGGUCCCGGAGUUCAAGUGGACGAUCUUCUCAUCGCUCUCGCCGUUCUUAACUAUGUACUACGUUGCGAUUACGAAUUAUAUUUCUUUUUCUGGACAUAAAUCGAUGUUAUGAAUUCAAAACAA